AUGGUGAGCGAGUUGGCGGUCGCGGCGAGGAUGGCGAAGCUGUUCCUGCCGCACUCGAAACGCGUCAUCUCCCCGCGCGGGUGGUUCAUGCGAAAGUGGGACUUCGUGAUGAUAUUCCUGCUCGUCUUCACCGCGCUGGUAACGCCCGUGGAGGUGGCGUUCAUGACGACCAAAAUCAACGCGCUGUUCUUCAUCAACCGCGUCGUGGACUUGAACUUCCUCGCCGACAUCGUCUUAAACUUUCACGUCGCCAUCCCGGAUCCGGUCAACGGGCAGCUGAUCUUCCACCAGCCGACCAUCGCGCGCCACUACCUCAGAGGUUGGUUCACCGUAGACGUCGUCUCCGUGAUGCCGUACGACUUGAUAUCGCUGCUGACGGACAACAGCUCGCUGGGGAGUCUGAAGGUGUUUCGCGUCCUGCGUCUGCUCAGGCUCAUGAAAUUGCUCAGAAUGUUGCGAAGCGGCCGAGUGUUCGCGCGCAUGGAGGUGCACUUCAACAUCGACUACACCGCGCUGGACAUGUUCAAAUUCGCGCUGCUCGCGUGCAUGUCGUCGCACUGGAUGGGCUGCGCGUUCGGCAUGGUGGCGGACAUCGAAGACAGCGAGACGUCGUGGCUGCAUUACACGACGUUCCGGAAGUACCUCGUCUCCGGCAAGUUGGCGCGGGGGGAAGACCCGAGCGGCAUCGUGACGUACGGAGACCUGUACGUCGCCGCGUUUUACUGGGCGGCGAUGACGAUGACGACGAUCGGGUACGGCGACAUCGUCCCGAGCACGACGACGGAGAGGGUCUUCGUCAUCGUCGCGAUGUUGCUGGGGGCGUUUAUAUACGGAUACAUCAUCGGCGCGGUCGGAAACGCGAUUCGUCUGAGAGGGGAAAAGAAGGGCAAGUUCUACGAGCUCAUGAACACGCUGAACUCGUUCUUCGAGGAGGCGAAGAUCAAGACGGGGCUGCGGAUUCGCAUGCGCGAGUACUUCAAGUACAAGCUCUCGCGCGACAGCGUUCUGGAGCAGUCGAAGCUGUUGGACGCUAUGUCCCCGGCACUGCGCGCAGAGAUCACUCUGCAGACGAACACGUGGAUCGCGAAAGUGCCGUUCUUCCAGAAAUGCCCCGAGGGGCUCAUCAUCGCGCUGACGCUCAAGGUGAGAGAGACGACGUAUCCGCCGCAGGAAAAGAUCAUCGUCCCCGGAGACUUUUGCGACCGGAUGUUCAUGGUCCGAAAGGGCGUCGCGAUCGCGCGGUCGAAGAUCAUGACCACCGGGUCCGUGUUUUGCGACGAGUGCCUGUACAAAGAGGGCAAGGUGGCGUACAGCGCGCACAGCGUGACGUUCGUGGAUCUGUACUCGUUCGACCGCGACGUCCUCGUCACGGCGCUGAAUUACUUCCCAGAUCAGAAUAAACACUUCAGAGUUCUGUCCUUGAAACGAAUCUUCAACGACGAGAUCAUGGCGUACACGAAGGCGUACCGGGCGCUCAGGGACCGCGGCGUGGACGCGGAGUUCCACGACUCGAUGGACGAGCGCCCGGCGUUUUUCCUCGUGAAGCUCCGCACGUUGUACGGCGUCGACGGCGCGGGGCUGCGUCCGUGGGAGAAGAAGAGCUACAAGAGGUUUCAAGAGGUCGUCAUCGCGGCGAAGUUCAUUCAGCGUCUGUUUCGAGCUCGGCGCGAGCGCAUCGAGGUCCAGGCGUCCGCGAUCGAGAGCAGGGUCACCGGGGUGUUCAGCAAGAAAAUGCGCAAGUUCGACCCGGAGAAUUACGUCGCUCGCGCGAUCGACGUGUUACAUCACCGGCAAGGGAGCUCGCUUUGGAAGAUGCACCAAAAAUUCGACGCGAAGCUCACGGGCCAGCCCGUGAGCAACCUCAGCGGCGAGGGCGUGAUUUUCCCCGGGUUAAAAUUCUCCACGCGGAAGCCAGAACCCGGCGAGUGCCUCCCGAUGUACGCCGGCGGCAAAGGCGGCAGAGGCGCCGCGAUCGCUGGAUUUUACCCGGGCGGAGCGGCUGGCGGAGGAGGAGGGGACCGGCACGCAUCCGCGGCGGCGAGCGUCCACGCCGCGGCUUCGUUGGCCGAGGACGCGGCGGCGUCGAUCGCGAAGGGCGUCGAAGCGUUUCGAGAGGAGAUGCGCGAGGCGUUCGGGACGUCCGGCGUCGCGGGGGUGGGGACGCACGCCGCGCGCGCGGACGCGAUCGAGUCGAGGGUGAAGGCGCUCGCGAAGGAGAUCGCAGACGUCGGCACGUCGCUCGCGAAGAUGACGCUGAGCGAUAACGACUUCCAGCAGAAGACGCAGAUCGCGAUCUUAGAGCACCUCGGAAAGGCGCAAGCGCAGAUCGCGAAGGACGUCGCCGAGGCGGUGAAGGUUUCGUAG